AAGUAAGCUGGGCAUGCUCAGUGGGCAGGGUCGUUUUUUUUUUUGGGUGGCGGGGGGUUGCAAGUGGGAAGCCUGCUGUUCAGCUGCCGGGGCUCUCCGCCUCCCCUCACCUGUAUGAGGCUGGGUCUGGGGAACCUGUGCUCAGCAUUCCACCCCCUGGAGCUUGGGCUUGGUCUUCCCUGCGGGUCCCUGCGCUGACAUUCAGGCGGGGAGCCAGGAGGCCUGGCGCGCCUCCAGAGCCCGCCGGGGGAGCCGGGCGAGGGUUCUGGGCUCUGACGGCGGGGUCGCAGGGUCGCCCGCCUCCUGGACACGUCUGUAGGCCUAGGGAAGCCUGCCGGCCGGGAGGUACAGAGUAGGAGAAGCCAGAUCCCAGGGCGGACAACGAGAAGUCGUCAGGCUAAGAAAUGGCAUUUCAAAAGGCAGUGAAAGGGACGAUUCUUGUUGGAGGAGGUGCUCUUGCAACUGUUUUAGGACUUUCUCAGUUUGCUCAUUACAGAAGGAAACAAAUGAACCUGGCCUAUGUUAAAGCAGCAGACUGCAUUUCAGAACCAGUUAACAGGGAGCCUCCUUCCAGAGAAGCUCAGCUACUGACUUUGCAAAAUACAUCUGAAUUUGAUAUCCUUGUUAUUGGAGGAGGAGCAACAGGAAGUGGCUGUGCGCUAGAUGCUGUCACCAGAGGACUAAAAACAGCCCUUGUAGAAAGAGAUGAUUUCUCAUCAGGGACCAGCAGCAGAAGCACUAAAUUGAUCCAUGGUGGUGUGAGAUAUCUGCAGAAGGCCAUCAUGAAGUUGGAUAUUGAGCAGUAUAGGAUGGUAAAAGAAGCCCUUCAUGAGCGUGCCAACCUGCUAGAAAUUGCUCCCCAUUUAUCAGCUCCAUUGCCUAUAAUGCUUCCAGUUUACAAGUGGUGGCAGUUACCUUACUACUGGGUAGGAAUCAAGCUGUAUGAUUUGGUUGCAGGAAGCAAUUGCCUGAAAAGCAGUUAUGUCCUCAGCAAAUCAAGAGCCCUUGAACAUUUCCCAAUGCUCCAGAAGGACAAACUGGUAGGAGCAAUUGUCUACUAUGACGGACAACAUAACGAUGCACGGAUGAACCUUGCCAUUGCUCUGACUGCUGCCAGGUAUGGGGCUGCCACAGCCAAUUACAUGGAGGUAGUGAGCUUGCUCAAGAAGACAGACCCCCAGACAGGGAAAGUGCGUGUCAGCGGCGCACGGUGCAAGGAUGUCCUCACAGGGCAGGAAUUUGACGUGAGAGCCAAAUGUGUUAUCAAUGCCACGGGACCUUUCACGGACUCUGUGCGCAAAAUGGAUGAUAAAGACGCAGCAGCUAUCUGCCAGCCAAGUGCUGGUGUCCAUAUUGUGAUGCCUGGUUAUUACAGCCCAGAGAGCAUGGGACUUCUUGACCCAGCGACCAGUGAUGGGCGAGUUAUUUUCUUCUUACCCUGGCAAAAGAUGACGAUCGCUGGCACUACUGAUACUCCAACUGAUGUUACACACCAUCCAAUUCCUUCAGAAGAAGAUAUCAACUUCAUUUUGAAUGAAGUGCGUAAUUACCUGAGUUGUGAUGUUGAAGUGAGAAGAGGGGACGUCCUGGCAGCAUGGAGUGGAAUCCGUCCUCUUGUUACAGACCCCAAAUCUGCAGAUACUCAGUCUAUCUCCCGAAAUCAUGUUGUUGAUAUCAGUGAGAGUGGCCUUAUUACUAUAGCAGGUGGAAAGUGGACAACUUAUCGGUCUAUGGCAGAAGAUACCAUAAAUGCUGCUGUCAAAACUCAUAAUUUAAAAGCAGGACCAAGUAGAACAGUUGGGCUUUUCCUUCAAGGGGGUAAAGAUUGGAGCCCCACACUCUACAUUAGGCUUGUCCAGGAUUAUGGACUUGAAAGCGAGGUGGCACAGCAUCUUGCCGCCACCUAUGGUGAUAAGGCCUUUGAGGUGGCCAAAAUGGCAAGUGUGACUGGCAAAAGGUGGCCUAUUGUUGGAGUACGUCUUGUGUCAGAAUUUCCAUAUAUUGAAGCAGAGGUGAAAUAUGGGAUUAAGGAGUAUGCCUGCACUGCUGUGGAUAUGAUUUCACGUCGUACUCGCCUGGCCUUUCUAAAUGUCCAGGCAGCAGAGGAAGCCCUACCCAGGAUUGUUGAACUGAUGGGCAGGGAACUGAAUUGGGAUGAUUAUAAGAAGCAGGAACAACUUGAAACAGCCAGGAAGUUUCUAUAUUAUGAAAUGGGCUAUAAAUCUCGAUCAGAACAGUUAACAGAUCGCUCUGAAAUUAGCCUACUGCCUUCAGACAUUGACAGGUAUAAGAAGAGAUUUCAUAAGUUUGAUGCAGACCAGAAAGGCUUUAUUACCAUUGUUGAUGUUCAGCGUGUAUUAGAGAGUAUCAAUGUCCAAAUGGAUGAAAAUACACUCCAUGAAAUUCUAAAUGAAGUUGAUUUGAAUAAAAAUGGACAGGUUGAACUCAAUGAAUUUUUGCAGCUGAUGAGUGCUAUUCAAAAAGGAAGGGUAUCUGGAAGCCGACUUGCUAUACUAAUGAAAACUGCAGAAGAGAACCUCGACAGAAGAGUUCCAAUUCCAGUGGACCGUAGUUGUGGAGGAUUGUGAGUCUGGGCAGUAAAUCCACAGCCAACAAACAUAGAAACGACAAAUCACCAUGUAACAACCAGAGAUGACUGAAACCACUCUAAAAUAAUGAAUGUGGAUAGCUGCCUUUUUUAACACUAGAAAACAUUCCAAAACUUUAAGGUGUUGGUUUAUUUGCCAGCUUUAUUUGCUGUACUUUAUUUGUAUUUGCCAUUCAGUCUAGCUUUUAAGUAUAUUUUUUCUUUUUCUCAUUUUCAAUGCACAUUAGUUUUGCAUCUGUUUUGUGACCUGUUAGAUGUGACACAUUCUCUUUUUGUUUAUUCCCUUAUUCUAAAUGAGUUCUAAAAACAGAAUAUUUUGGCAAAAAUUGAAAAAAGCUGGAGACAUUUUGUGACACGCAUACAGAUAGCAUGUGUUAUUAAAAAGAGUUGCCUAUUGAAAUGAUCGUGUUUCUGGAGAAAUUAAGCUUAUAGACAGCAUGUGUUAUUAAAAAGAGUUACCUAUUGAAAUGAUAGUGUUUCUGGAGAUUUCUCAGCCCCAUCUUCCUCCAGCUUGUCUACCUUCCUCAUGCAAACAAUAUUCCACAUUUUUAUAUCUAGAGCAUGACUGGCUAACUGGAGAGGGAAGGAAAAGUUUAGAUCUGGUUACUGGAGCAAGUCUCAAAGAGAAACUCUGAAAGCUUCCAGAAUCACAGGUAUAAGAUAAGGAUAGCAUUGACAUUUGCUGGGAGUUACAGUGAUAGUUUCAUCUCAGCAGUUCAUUUUUUUCUUCAGUCACUGCUGGUUUUCUUUGACUAUUAUAGUUGCCAGGAAGAUCCUUGCUCUUCUUACUUUAAAACCAGCAUUUAAGUGGCAAUUUGGAUGUAAUAGGAUGAGACCAAAUUUAUCUAAUUAUUACAGUAGUAAUACAUUUAAGAGUUAAAAAUGUGUUUUUAUAUAUCCACAUAUGAUGACAAAAGAUUCAAUUCCCAAGCCUAAAUUUUGAAGCAUGUGGUAUUGUCAAAUCUAGCUUACCAUCUUUUUUGGGGGUACUUGCAACCAUAGUAAAGGAAGAUAGAAUAGACUUUAGUUAACUUUAAUUAUAAUUAUAUGUUAAAUAAGGCACAUAACCAGUUUCCAAGGUCAUCAUGGUUGCUUAAAGUCUUUCCCCUUCUGUACUCCAUGGAAAUAUUCUCAGUAAACCAAAAACAAAAA